GCGUGCGUGGUUGUGUGUCAGUUUGCGGGCGAGAGCGCGGGUGAGUGUCUCUGCGUUUGUUUGUGAGUGUGUGUUCGUGUGGUGGGGUAGGUAGAGAGAGAGAGAGAGAGAGAGAGAUAGAGACCAGUCACAUUGUGUAUUGGCUGCAAUCAGUUUCUUGAUGGUUCAAUAACGAGACCAGCGUGAUCUAAACUGACACCGCUCACACCCACAGCGAAAAUCAGCUCGGAGACUAUUAAUGAAUUAUUAAUAGCCGACACCUCAACCAGUCCACAAGCAAUUACUGCUGAUUAUACCACUGCCGCUUGAUCUAACGCUGAUCUUGAUAUCCUUUCAGCUGGAGACUGGGAGGCUCGGAAAAGAUCGAUGACCUCCCCACCAUGAACUACAAGCUGUCAUCUGUCACCGACUCGGCCAUUAACGGACUCAGAUCCCUGGUCCUGGGCAAGAUUCUAGACCCCGGGGACGUGGACCAGGAGCUCCUGAUCGCCAACGGCCAUGGCUUCGUCGGCUGCCUGUCCUCCGUCCGUUUCAAUUGGAUCGCGCCGCUCAAGGCAGGACUGCGCCACUCCAGCCCCGCCCCGGUCCAGGUCAGGGGGCGGGUGGUCGAGUCGGACUGCAGGUCGCCCAUCGCGACCGAGCCGGUGGCCGUGACCACGACCACACUUUCAUUGACAGACCACACAAAGCCCAGUGACGGAGAGGAACCUUCACAGAACGCGGUGAGGAGCGACACAGCAGUGAUCGGAGGUGUGAUCGCAGUCACGGUCUUCGUUGUCCUCUGCCUCCUGGCCAUCUCCGGCCGUUUGCUGUAUCAGCGUAAGGGGGGUGCGUACCGGGAAAGCCAGAGCAAGGCAGCCGAGUACAGUGAGCCGACAGCCCCCAACCCCCCUCACCACAGAGCAAACUACCCGGACCCCAUGAGCGACGGCAGGAGGGAAUUUUUCAUCUGAGAGCAACCAGUUUCCCCCACCCCCACCCACAC